GUCAACCUAAUUUUUGUUUUUUAUGUGAAUAUAUUUCUAGAAACUAGAAUUUUUCUUAUCAAUAGAUACGUUUGGAAAGGAAUUGCUUAGUUGUGGGUUGUUUUUCUACAACCAAUUCAUCAAAAAACAAACAGAAAGAUUGAUUAAUUGCACCAAAUUUUUGGAAAGUGAAUUAGAUAUUUUCUGGUGGAAAGGACUAUCAUGUCUAGUAUAUGGAAUCAUAUUCCUUCUAGGAGCUGCAAAUUUGUGGCAUAAGAAAUUUUAUGUAUUUUUGAUUUUUUCUAUAAAUUUUGGACUGGUGUUUGAUUGUUAUUAUCACUAAUAUUAUGGCUAAAUGUUCAAUGAGAUUUACAAAUUAUUAGGAGUAAGCUUCUGAAGCUUGCCUAUCCUUGGAAUUUGAUCGACGAACAACAUCCUGUUAUAUUAUUAUGCUAGACUUAGAUAGUUUAUUAUGGAGUUUUUAUGUCUGAGUUACUAAGAGUUUCCUCGAUUUGUAGUUUCGGGCUUUUUGUAUUGGUAUCUUGAAAUCUCAAAUCUCAAUGGCUACAUUAACAAGCUACAGUUCAUGCCUCAUGGACUCUACUUUCGGCCUCUUACACUCAGCUUCAACAUAUGCCUGCAACAGAACAUAUUGUAGAUGGAAACCCCCUGAAGCUGCUAUGAUUCCUAAUAUCCAUCUACCUAUGCGUAGCUAUGAAGUCAAGAACAGGACAAAUGUGGAUGAUAUAAAGUCUCUGAGAUUGAUUACAGCCAUUAAAACUCCAUAUCUUCCUGAUGGAAGAUUUGAUCUUGAAGCUUAUGAUGACUUGGUGAACAUGCAGAUCAAUAGUGGCGCAGAAGGCCUUAUUGUGGGCGGUACAACUGGUGAAGGCCAACUCAUGACCUGGGAUGAGCAUGUUAUGCUCAUCGGUCAUACAGUCAACUGUUUUGGCAGUAACAUCAAGGUGGUAGGAAACACUGGAAGCAACUCAACGCAAGAGGCAAUACAUGCUACGGAACAAGGAUUUGCUGUUGGUAUGCAUGCUGCCCUACACAUCAAUCCAUAUUACGGCAAGACCUCCAUGGAUGGUAUGAUCGCUCACUUCGAGAAUGUACUCUGUAUGGGCCCCACCAUCAUAUACAAUGUCCCCUCAAGAACAGGACAAGAUAUUCCACCCCAUGUAAUGCAUUCCAUAGCCGAAAAUGCAAACUUGGCGGGUGUUAAAGAAUGUGUAGGCAAUGAACGGAUUAAGCAGUACACAGAUAGAGGCAUUGUAGUUUGGAGCGGAAAUGAUGACGAGUGCCAUGAUUCUCGAUGGUCCUACGAUGCCACCGGUGUUAUAUCCGUUACAAGCAACUUGGUCCCUGGGUUAAUGAGACGACUCAUGUUCGAGGGUAUUAAUCCUUCUCUUAAUAUGAAGCUUCUGCCUCUAAUGAAGUGGCUGUUCAAGGAGCCGAACCCUAUUGGGUUAAACACAGCUUUAGCUCAACUUGGUGUAACAAGGCCUGUUUUUCGGCUACCUUAUAUACCUCUUCCAAUAGAUAAGAGGAUUGAAUUUGUGCGUAUAGUAAAUGAAAUCGGACGAGAAAAUUUUGUUGGUGACAAAGACGUUCAGGUUCUUGAAGAUGAUGAUUUCAUCUUGAUCGGACGAUACUAAACUUCGAGCAGGUACAUGUUUGUAGGAGGCUUGCACCCAUGUUAGCAGGGGUGUUUUGGGGAUCGGGAAUGGUGUUAGUGAGGAGGAAUAGUACUCUGCUAUAUGUUUUUCAUUGUCCCUGAUUGUUUCAGGGUGUGAUUUGCUAUGUAAGAAAUGCACUGUGCAGUCAUCUGCAGUGAGGUUGUCUGAAUGUUACACGAGAUUAGAAGGUAUCCAUUGCACACAAACUUGAAAGUGACUCCAACAUUAAAAGUGAACCAAAUGAAUCAUUCAAUUAUAAGUCUAAAGUGAUCACUUAUAGUUUAAGGUUCAAACUUGCUGC